AAACGAGUAUUUUCCUAGAAUCGCCAACCUUUUAUCUUCACCGUCUUUGUCCGUAAUUCAAAUAAUCAGACAAAACCAACAAUUCUCCUGAAAUCCUCUCCGCAACUUCUCCAUCUUCAACAAUGGCGAUCUCGUCGUUUUAUUCACGAGUGUUGCUUUUGCUUACCGUGGUUUCGCAAUCUCCGUUCUCUUCUCGGGCUCUAAUUUCCACCCCUAAUUUCAGCCCUCCAUAUCCCAAAGCUAUUUCCGAUUUGAAGGAAGCGACGGUGAAGUCGUUAGGGCUUCAAGCCGAUGACCUCAAGAUUUCUGGUUUUGAUAUAAGAGAUGCGCGGGUGGGGUAUUCGGUGGCGUACGAAUUCCACGUUGAGGUCGACAAUAAGGUGCUUCCUUUCAAGCUUUUGGAGGACAUUAACAGGUGGGAUUAUGCCGAUUUGCCGAUAUUUCGGAUGGAGGAACCGGAUGGACCUGGCGAUGAGAAGGGGAUAGUUGAGAAGAGCAGAUUGGAGAGUAGUUUGCCGCCAGUUUUGGCUCCGUUUCAGCUCGCUGGGCCGAUGGAGCUUUGGAUUCAGGACGCCAGGGAUAUGAGGAUCUCUCUUCCCCAUGAUGUGGAUGCUGGUGUGUUGAAGAAAGUAAUAUUAGCAGAAGGUGCUGUGGUUACGGUGAAGGGUGCGAGAUCAGUUAGCUUGCGCCACCCACUUGAUCUGCCGCUGCCUCUAAACCGAACUGACAAUGCUUUUGCAUCUGGUCUGCUCACCCUCGCUGAAUGGCUGCACCAUGCUUCUCGCACUCAAAGCACCCCACUGCUCUCACUCCGCAUUGUUGGCCCAACCUCUAUAACAGCCCCCUCGUCAUCAUCACCCUCUUCUAGUAACAGGCUCAAGCUUAAGCGCCUCGCGCCAGGUCUUGUGGAGCUGUCCUCACCAUCUAAAACCAAAGUUAUUGAGGCCCUUUCCUCUCUUGAUCUCAAGGACGAAGCAAGUUCCCUUUUGAGUCCAAGUCAGUUCACCACUCUAUGGCCUCUUGUUUCCAUCAACGGCUCCAACUCGAACUUGAUUGGUUUUGAAACACUGCUCGCUUCCGUUCUGGGUUCUAAGGCUCACAAGAAAGGCUCCUUCAAGCUGUUGAAAGCAGAUGUAUCAGCUCAGACAUUCGUGAAGAUUGGUUUUGCAGUAGAGAAGAAGUUGAAGGAAGGGGAUGGUGUUGAGUGGGAAGGUUUUCCCGAGUGGCGGACAAAGCCCGAGUCAGUAAAGAUGCAUUUUGAGGUUCUUGCUAAGGUAGAUGGUGAGAAGGUUGUGCCAGAGAAAGUAGUGCCGGUUAAGCCCGUUCUUGUGGAGGAUACCGUGGCGCCUAACUUGCUUAUGGGGAACGUGACCAUGUCAAAGACUCCUAUCUUUCACCCUCCUUCAAACCCCUUCACCCAGUAAAUUAUGGGUAGAAGUUUUUGUUUUUUUCUCCAGGUCACUGGAAUGAAAUGUAAAGAUAAAGGGUGUGUAUGUGUGAGCGAUUUUUUUUUCCUUUCAGAAAUUAGAUUAUACGUGAUGAAUGAUGGCAUACACCUUAUAGAAUGAAACUGUAACACUUGGGGACUUCAUUGUGGAAGGCUCCAUUUUCGCCUGAACUAGUGGGAGUUAAUUUCAUCCUUCUCAUGGUUGGUUGAAUUCCAAUUCUGGGAGGACCUUAUGUAUAUUUUUUUCAUAGAAGAAACCAGUAUAAUAGUUAUAUUCCAAAAGAGUGACAAGAUUAGUAGUUGAGUGAGAUAUUAUAUGGUUUCACUUUUAUUUGAAAAACCCCUUUUGCAGUUCUCAUUAGGCAGGAGAAAUGAAUGUCCAACAGCUCAAUGGAUUAAUGGUAUAGAACAAAGAAUUCACACUUCC